CUUUUUGGCGGAUAACGCUGGUGCAUUAUCGCCACCUGCUGGACUGUAUGAUCAUCAACUGGGCACAGACCGCGGCAGUCGCGGGAGUUUGAAAUGUGAUGGUUUAAUGGAGCCUAUGGAGAUUUCUUUUGUCAUUAGCAGUCCCCUUGAUAGAGGCACAAGCAAUACUCUGAAGCUGCUCAGCUCUAUGAAAAAGGACAGUAUUAUGACAAAGCAGCCUCUCUCUACAUUCGCUGCAAAAACUGGACAAAGGUGGAAGAGCUGCUUCCAAACAUCUCUUCUCCCGAGAUUCACUUGCAGUAUGCAAAGGCCAAGGAGGCGGAUGGCAACUGUGCGCACAGAUACAAGGAUGCGGCACGAGCCUACGAGAGCGCGAAGGACUGGGACACCUGAACAGACCAGAAGAAGCUGUUCGCAUCGCCAGAGAGAUGCAGAGCAUCGAUGGAGCAAAGAUGGUUGCCAGGUGUCGUCGGGUACGGAGGGCCACCCGGGCUGCGUUAUUACGCACCAAGGACCGUAAUAAACGCAUUGCUGACCGUCAUCGGUCCUCCACCCCCGCCUGUGCUGUUGGACAAAAGGUUCUUUCUGCGGUCUAACGACUAUGGCUCAGCCAUCCACUUCCUGGUUUUAUCCCAUUGCAACGACGAAGCCUUCCAGCUGGCGCAGCACCACGAACAGAUGGAGGUCUACGCAGACAUCAUCGGCUCUGAGGCGACACAGGAGAACUAUCAGUGUAUCGCUCUCUACUUUGAGGGAGAAAAGAAACACCUGCAGGCUGAAGUUCUUUCAAAAGUGUGGACAGUACAGCAGAGCGCUGAAGCGCUUCUUGUUGUACACUAACACCGAAGAAAACAUGGCAAUUGAGACGGGGCAGCGAGGGGUGGCAUCCCGAGUUGCAUCUUCCAAGAGGAAGAUCCCACUAAAGCUACAAGUCAACCUACCGGAAAUAUGCCCCCAGGGAUUCCCGAGAGGGGGGGUGGAAGAGAAUCCCACCGGAUGGAUCAAAAAAUAUGACACUUGGCAAUGGUAAUAUGACAACGACCGCGGAAUGCAUAUGCGUCAAGAUAUGCAAGAACCGACAUGGCCUGCGGAUCCACCAGGCCAAAAUGAAGUGUGAGGAGAAGGGGUUGGCAUCACAGUGCGCAGGAAGCACACCUGGUGAGACGAAGGAGGAACCAGGCCGGAGUCACCCCACAGUGCCCGGAGCCUCCAGGUGAUGCAGGCCCCUGAAGCUCACAACUCAUCAGAACAUCGUCGGGUGCAGUGUGUCAUGGUUCUGGGUCAGUUCGACCCAGCUUUUUGGAGUUGUUAUGUUUUGGUUUUGAAUGAUAGGUUUUUCCUGUAUACUGGUGGUGGUGAUGAUUAUGAUGGUGAUAGAUUAUUGUUUGAGUUCCAUGUUUCUGUUUAUUUGUGUUUAGGAUUUGUGUUCUCAUGUUUUGUGUGGGUUUAGUUUCAUGUGUCAUUUUCUGUCUGUCUCUCAGUGUCGAGUCUGCGUCUUUGUGUUGUGUUCUUGUUUCCUGUUUUAUUGUGAAGGUCUGCGUCUCAUGUGAGUGUGUUCAGUUUUACCUCUGUCUGUCUUGUUGAUUACGCCCAGCUGGGUUCCCCAGCUGUGUGUAAUCUCCCUGUGUUUCUCUGUGUAUUUAAGUCGCGUCUUCUGUCUUUGUAGUUGCUGGUCCGUCUGUGUAUCCACCCUGCUUCAUCUGUGUGUUCUCCCUGCUGUUAUCUUCAUGUACCAUCGUCUCCCUUCCUUCAUGUUCAGGUUCGUGUUCUUGUUCGGGCUCAGUAGUUUAGUUAUCCCAGUAUAGUUUAGUUCUCCGUUUACCAUUUUGUCCAUCUAUACUUUUGUGUUUAAUAAAC